ACCACACACACCAUCUUGCAUUGAACAUUACAUCUGAAACACUUAAAAAGAACACAUACAUUUGUUUGUUGCUGUCGAGUUUAAGAAUGUCUGGGGUUUGGGUUUUCAAGAACGGUGUGGUGAGGCUAUUAGAGAACCAACCUGGGUCUGAGUUGAAGAAGAAGGUGCUGUUUGACAUGGCAGCCGGUGAAACCAUUAGUUCCUACACAGUGCUGGAGAAAAAGCUGAAGGCACUGGGGUGGGAACGUUACUACGAAGACCCUGACCUUCUUCAGUUCCACAAACGCUCAUCCAUAGACCUAAUCUCACUCCCAAAGGAUUUCACCAACUUCACCAACAUUCACAUGUAUGACAUAGUCGUCAAGAACCCUAAUUGGUUCCGUGUUAUGGACAUGUAACAGUACUAUGAGGGUGUUCUGUUUUCUGGUUUAUAUCUGCAUCCAGUGUUGCUUUGAUUUCAAAUUUGUGGUCUUCGGUGGUGUGUGUUUGUUUGUGUCUAUGUAAACAAGGAGAGUUGAGUCAACUCUUUCAUGUUUUCACUUCUGAAAGGAAUAAGUUGUUCAGACCUAGAGUUUGAAUUUGGUGUGGUAAAAUGAUGAAUAAAUUUAAACGUUUGUUUUGUUCA